AUGAAUAGGGCCAGCCAAUGCCCCUCGUCUACCCUACCUCAUGUUUGUUGGAGUCGAAGUGGUUCUUUAUAUUUUUUGUAUGUUUCUUCAGUACUGUUUGUCAGUUGCUUCAAGGUGGUAGAGACUGGUCUCAAAGGUCACGUAAAGUGGUAUUCCGUCCUUGGUCACUACGGUUUCAUUUCUCGUGCCGACGGCAAGCCGGACAUCUUCGUGCAUCAGAGUGCUAUUUCAAAGUCGCAAACCGAAAAGUUCUACCUGCGUACAUUGGCUGAUGAGGAAGAAGUUGAGUUUGAUAUCGUCGAAGGGCGCAAAGGUCCCGAAGCAUCGAACGUGACAGGGCCAAACGGUGGAAAUGUGAAAGUGCGGGGUCGCCGUUUCCGCGGACGACGUAGCCGCCAACAGCCAACGGAAGAUGCCAGUGGUCCCGUACCCGUCUCUGAUGGGCAGGUGGCAGCAAAUGGUGAAGUCACCGGCACUACAACGGGGAAGCCUAGUGGACCGAGACGUCGUGGUAAUUACUACAACCGUCGUUUCAGACGACAGAGCAAGAAUGAACCCAAACGUGAAGGAAGACCUGAAAAUGAGGUAAGGUUUGGUAUUCUAGUGCAGUUGUGUAGCAGUAUCGUUAAUUAA